UAGGCGUAGGUCGGCGUUAGCGACGAGGACCGAAGGCGGAAGCAGAGCUUGAGCGGGAGGCGGAGCCCGGGGAGCCGCUCUUAGUUGCCUUGGAUCUGGGCCCAGCGGCUCGAGGGGGGAGGAGUUACCGCCGCUCUUCGGCAUCCGAACUUACCAUGAUGGCUGUGACCUAAAAUCUUCUGGAAGCCAGGGGGUCAUGGCCCAGAAGCACCCCGGAGAAAGACAGUUGUGUGGAGCCCACCACAGUGGUGGUGCCUCCCUCGGGACUUUAGGACCUUCUCUGGACCCUGAAAUACUUUCAUUCUCAGGACUCAGGGACUCAGCGAGGCCUGCUCCUAAUGGUACCCGCUGCCUCACAAAGCAUUCUAGUCCUAAGUACACACAGCCUCCAAACCCAGCCCACUGGUGGGAUCCAAGCCAUGGCCCCCCAAGGGGUCCAGGACCCCCUAGAAAUGGAGAGGACCCUGAUCAGAGUGAGGCAUCUUCAGAAGAAGAGUCAGGAGUGGAGCAGGAACUCUCAAGAGAGAAUGAGGCUGGGCACCAGGAGGACGAAAACCCUUCUUUUAUUUCCAUUCCAUCUGCUUGCAACAGCCAGGGAACCCCUGGGGAUGAAGAGCCUUACUCUGGGGGUGGAGGAGACAACUCUUCUAGCAACUUUUGCCACCAUUGUAUGUCUCCAGCUUUAGGAGAACACGAAGAGUUGGAAGAGGAAUAUGAGGAGGAGGAACCCAAGUUCCCCAGUGAUUCUUCACGUGUGCCCAGUGGAAAGAAACCUCCACCCCGGAGACAGCGGCACCGGGUUUCAGCCAAGGACGAUACUUGGGAGGGUGGACGCAGGGAUCCCAGGUCCCCUGGGCGACAUCGGCUGGGCAGGAAGCGGAGUCAAGCGGAUAAGCGCAGAGGCUUGGGAUUAUGGGGAGCAGAAGAACUGUGCCAGCUUGGACAAGCAGGUUUCUGGUGGCUGAUCGAACUGUUGGUAUUGGUGGGAGAGUAUGUGGAAACUUGUGGCCAUCUAAUCUAUGCAUGCAGGCAGCUGAAAGGCAGUGAUUUGGACCUUUUUCGAGUCUGGGCAGGAGUCUGGGCAGGGCGACUGGGGGCCUGGGCCCAGGUAAUAUUCCAAUUUCUGAACCAGGGGUUUUGCUACGGGGCAGGGCUGAUCACCCGUUUUCUUAGGCUACUGGGUGCUUUGCUGCUUCAGGCUCUGGCCCUCUUGUUGGGCUGUCUGCAGUUGGGCUGGCAGUUUCUUGUGAGACUGGGUGACCGGUUGGGCUGGAGAGCUAAAGCCACCUGGCUCUUCUCUUGGCUGGAUUCUCCCACCUUACAGCGUUGUCUGAUUGUACUGCGAGAUAGCAGGCUGUGGCAGCAAAUGGUAAGGAUGGUUCAGUGGGGUUGGCUGGAGUUGCCUUGGGUCAAACAGAGGACUAACAGACAAGAGAAUGCACCUGGAGCUAGCGGUCGCUAUUACCAUCCUGAAGAGGAAGUGACUCGACUCUUGACCAUGGCUGGGAUUCCUGAAGAUGAGCUAAAUCCUUUCCACGUGUUGGGGGUUGAAGCCACAGCAUCAGAUGUUGAAAUGAAGAAGGCCUAUAGGCAGUUGGCAGUAACAGUUCAUCCUGACAAAAACCAUCAUCCCCGGGCUGAGGAGGCCUUCAAGGUUCUGCGGGCAGCUUGGGACAUCGUCAGCAACCCUGAGAGGCGGAAGGAGUAUGAGAUGAAACGAAUGGCGGAGAAUGAGCUGAGCCGGUCAGUGAAUGAGUUUCUGUCCAAGCUGCAGGAUGACCUCAAAGAGGCAAUGAAUACGAUGAUGUGCAGUCGAUGCCAGGGAAAGCACAGGAGGUUUGAAAUGGACCGGGAACCUAAGAGUGCCAGAUAUUGUGCUGAAUGUAACAGGCUGCAUCCUGCUGAAGAAGGAGACUUUUGGGCAGAGUCAAGUAUGUGGGGCCUCAAGAUCACCUACUUUGCACUAAUGGAUGGAAAGGUUUAUGACAUCACAGAGUGGGCUGGAUGUCAGCGAGUAGGAAUCUCCCCAGAUACUCAUAAAGUCCCCUAUCACAUCUCAUUUGGUUCUCGGAUGCCAGGCGCCAGUGGGCGACAGAGAGCCACUCCAGAUGCCCCUCCUGCUGACCUUCAGGAUUUCUUGAACCGGAUCUUUCAAGUCCCCCCGGGACAGAUGUCCAAUGGGAACUUCUUUGCAGCUCACCCUGGCCCUGGGGCCACCACAGCUUCCAAGCCCAACAGCACAGUACCCAAGGGAGAAGCCAAACCGAAGAGGCGGAAGAAAGUGAGGAGGCCCUUCCAACGUUGACACUUGUUUUCUUCUUUCCUCAAAUCAAUGUCAGGGAGUCCAAACACCUGUGUAUAGCACAGGAUGGAGUUUGAUUUCUUUAUUUAAAAAUGUUUUUAAAAAGGCAACUUUUAAGCUCAAAUUGUUCAUUCAGUAGGAAGCGCCAGAACCACUCUCCCUCCUCCACCAGUACCAAGGAACUGAAUCUUGUCUUCUGACAAUACCAAAGAAAUAGGGGGUGGCUAGAGCAAAGGACCUAGGGCAUGGACCCGGACUGGACAAUAUCUUCCAGUGGAGUGUGGGAACUGGGUAUUUCCCUAGGGUCUGUAUGCCUUUUUCUUGUCUUUUCCUUCUACAGCAACAGAUGACUUUCCUCCUCUUUUUAAAACUAUGAGUCUAUCUUAUUUCUUGACCCAUUUCAGGGCUCCCUCCUGAAUAUACUAGUUAGCCCAAUACUAGUUAAAAGAGAGAACAAGAAAGCAUGUAACCCUAAUUAUAGGAGAUGAGAGUUCAGAGUGGGAACUCUGAAUUUUUCCUGUGACUGUCACCUUGUGGGUAACUGCCGAACUUCAUGCUUGUUGCUGCAGGGAUGGCCAAAUAAUUAAAAAAAAAAAAUCAGACUCAUGCCCUCUGCCCUUGAGUGAGGGGAUAAAAUAAAGGGGCUCCUGGUAGCCCCCUUAUGAUCCAAGGGUUUGUAUUUUUUUAAGUUUGUUGAUAUUUGUAUGUACAUAACUAUUUAAAGCCAGGGGAUUAUCUUUCUAUAAAUGUGUAACUGGCAA